AUGGAUACUGAUUAUCAGAGGGAGUUGGAGAGGAAGAUCGCCAGAUUCAAUAUCACGACAACCGCGAGCAGCAUCUUCACCACCACCUCCGCCGCCUGCAGCAGCAAAUCUGCUAACAACCACCACAAUCGCCAUAGAUUGAAGACAUUCAAAGCUAAGCUCGUUGUCUUCCCAAGACGUGUUCGCAAGUUCAAGGCCGGCGAUUCUACUCCAGAGGAGCUGGCUAUAGCCACACAAGUUGUCGGUCCUUACAUGCUUACUGUUUGUGAGAAGCCGACUAUGGAUCUUGUUAAGGUCACGGAAGAGAUGAAAUUGUUCAACACGUACGACAAGCUGCAUCUGGAGAAGACGAACGCUAGCCAUGUUGGUGUUAGGGCCAAGAGGGCGGCUGAGGCCGAGAAGGAAGAUAAGAAGUAAAGCAAUUAGAAUAAGUU